GCGCGGGAAACGUUGGUCGUGGCGGGAGUGUUUUUUCUUGUGAAAUUUUUAAAUUUAAUUUAACUUGUAUAAAAGAUCAGUUUGUAUAUAUUUGUAUGUAGUAGUUUAAUUUAAUAGUUUUGUUUAUUCAUUUGUGUAUAUAUUCUACAGUAUCUGGUAAGUUUGUAUACUUUUUCCUCAAGGCCUGGAGUCAGGCGAAAAAAUGGACGAGCCCCCGGAUACCGGGGGCUCGCCCCCCGAGGUAGCUUGUAAUAUUAUAAUAGAAAAUAGAUUUUCUAAACUGGACGAGUCCAGUGUAGAUACAGAUGUGGAUCAACGGAAUGACCGAAAAAGAAUGCGAGUAGGUAAAAUUUGCAAACACUGCAACAAAAGGAAAAAAAGAUUCGAUCCGACGCGUCGGAACAAACAAAAGGACACUGAUUGCUCGUGCCAAAUACCGGAAAUUGAAAUUCCCUCAAUAAGUACUGGGCUUAAGAACGCUAAUGCUCUAGAUAGUUUUCAGAACAAAGUAGACCGUGUAGAUACUGCAACUGUUAAUACCCAACAGCACCCAUCACCUCCAUCAGACGUUUCUCAGUCCAUAAAAAAUCCUACAGGCCGAACGUCUUAUGAGGCCUAUGACAUAGGGCCAUUCGUAGUUCAUGCGCAAAAAGUUUCUUCAGAUACGGACAUCCCCUCCCUUCACCCCGUUCAAUUUGGUUAUUUCCUCAAGAAAAAUUCUUUUAAAAACAUAAUUAAUGGUAGCAUCAAAAGGAUAGGCAGAAACAGAAUUUCCCUAUCAUUCUCUGACCACAAAUGUGCAAACGAAUUUAUUAAUAACCCUUGCCUGGCAAGAAAUAAUUACAAAGCUUUUAUUCCCUCAUUUAAUGUGACCCGAAUGGGCCUGGUGCGAGGCGUUCCCGCGGAAUGGUCUCCCGAAGAGAUAUUAGACAACAUCUCUCUGCCUGUAGGCAGCGGAGGAAUUAUAAAAAUUAGACGACUUAAUUAUAAAGUACGUAACAGCAGCCCUCCUGAGUGGAAGCCAUCACAGACUAUUGUAAUAACUUUCGAUGGUCAAACCCUUCCUAAACAUGUAUUUGUCUGCUACAAUGCCCUGCCCGUGGAACUUUACGCAUACCCCACUAUUCAGUGCUAUUCUUGUUGCCGAUUUGGUCAUACUAAGUCUAAUUGUAACUCUCGGCCCCGCUGUUACAAGUGUGGCCAAGGCCAUACAGGGGACACAUGCAACAUACAAGAUGAUGCCGCGACUUGCUGCCUAUGUUCUGGUCUACACUUUGCUACAAACAGAAAGUGUCCAGAAUAUGAACGGCAGACUAAAAUUAAAUUGUAUAUGGCUCAGAGAUGUGUAUCUUAUGCAGAAGCAAAUAAAGUGUAUGAUCCAGUUUCUAAAUCUUUUGCUGAUAUAGUUAAGUUUUCAAACAUCCAGAAUACUCCUAAUUCUCCUGUCCCACAUGUAUCGCCUUCCUCUCCCUCGAUUCCGUCGUAUAGUAGAUCUUAUAAGAAAACAAUAUUUGCUAAACCAACAUCCCCCAAACUAAAACGACUGGGGUAUAACAAAACAGAACACUUCAAUUUGAUAAAGGACUACGACGCUCCAGCUCCUUCUAACGGGGUCGCUUUAAUAAACAGUAACGUUAACAAUAAUGACAUAAUCUCUGAUUUAAUCCAACUUUUGACUGAAAUUAAAUCUAAUCCUAACUCUGACAACAACGUAACCGAACAACGCCGCCAAAUGAUUGCUUCCUUAACUCAAUUAAAAUCCUCUUAUGCGCCACGAACGCGAACAAAUAAUCCAGUGGAAUUGCAGAAGCGCUAUCUGCAAUAAAAAUGAUUUAAUCCAUUUGCAUAAUAAAUUUGAACCAUUUGUCUCAACUCUGUCGGAAACAUGGCUUCGCCCGGAAUUGACUUUUCGAAUUCCAGGUUAUGUUAUUCUCCGACAGGACAGACCUGACGGCUAUGGCGGUGUUGCCAUAGUCAUUAAAAAUAAUCUCCCCUAUUCCUUAUUUCCACUUCCCUCAUUCGGAGAUGACUUAUCAGUCAUUGCUGCUAUUGUAAAUAAAAUUUGUAUAGUGUCUAUUUAUUUUUCUCGUCCUAAUGUAAAUAUUUUUUCUCAUCUUAAUCAACUGUUUUCCAUCCUUCCAAGGCCAUUCUUAGUCCUAGGUGAUUUUAAUUGCCAACAUCAAUCCUGGGGAAGCACUUCUUCCAACUAUUAUGGAGAUCAAUUAUUAGAUAUUAUAGAUUCUCAUUGUAUCUGUAUUUUAAACACUGGGCUGCCAACCCGUGUUACUGGUCCAAGUGAAGGUGCAAGUGCGCCUGAUCUAUCUUUAUGUUCACCUGAUUUAGCUUCAACUUUGGACUGGCACCCUCUUGCAUCUUCGUAUGGUAGUGACCACUUUCCACUUGUAAUUACUUUUCCUUCACACAAACCUACCAAAACCACUCGCUCUCCUCGUUUUAAAUACAGAUUAAACAACGCUGAUUGGGAAUUAUUCAACCAACGAGUAGAGCAGAAAACUAGUAUUUAUUCUC